CGCCACCACCACCCAUGGAGCGGAUUCGAACGAUGCCCAGCCUGCAAGUCUUUGAGAACGCUAGCCCUGGCACUUCCACCUGCCGCAGCCAGGAAUCCCCUCCUACUUCUGGUGCGAAGAGUGCUGAUGAUUCCAGUGGAGGGAAAACUGCAAGAGUCAAGAUUCUCACUCCUGAGCAGAAGGAUGAGAUUUCUAAGAUGGCGAGCCCAACAGGGAUGCCCCGACCGGAAAGGAAGCGACAGUACGCUGCCUUACGGAGGGCAGUGGUUCGUUCAUGUGAGCCAGCCUUGUUGGCUAAGUUCAGUCUUUGUUCGGAUGGUGAAAGGUGGUCCAUGCUGAAACAAUGGUUGUUGGCUGAUGGAAAAGUCGAUUCCAUUACCGUAGAGGAGAAGUUCGUUCGUUGGUGUGAGCAACUUCGAACAGAUAAGUAUGUGACGGUGACAAAGUUGCAGCUCUACCAGAUGUAUGGGCACACCAAAGAGGCCAAGGCCUUUGUGGAAGAACUUUGCAAAGGCCAGUCUGGGACUCCACACCCACAAUGCCCUGGCAAUGAGAUGGCAAAGAUGUUUAAGGUACUGAAGGAGGUGGCAGAGAACACAUCGACCGGCACACGUGCAGCCACAGAGUUGUCGGUUGGUGGACGUGUCCGAAGUGCUUCCAUGAAGGAGUUGAUUGCCAAACAGUUGAAGCUUGGAGUGGAGUCUCUUGAGUCUCAAGGGAUGAUGGACCUAAGAACUGGUGCCAUCAAAAGCAAAACCAAGAAGAAAGAGAAAUCACCAAGUCAGACCGCUCUUGCUGAUGCAAAGCAAUACCUUGCAAAGCUGAAGAAAUGCGUAAAUGAUAUCCCUGCUUGCGUCAAGAACUUGGCUGAGUAUCAUGUCCGAAACUCUGAUGAGCUGGUGCGGGUGCUUCAUCAGCAUGAGGUUCGCCUUCCACCCCUUGUUGAGGAAGCCCUUCAAAGAACGGCGAUUCCUCUUUCUGAGAUUGAUGCAGCUGAAUUUACCGACUGGGUAGACAGUAAAAAAACUGUACUCGGUGAAAUUGAAGGCGAUGUUCGGGAUGCGAAGCGCCGGAUUACCGCUGCAAAAGGGCCUCGCCCAAAGCCCAAAGGUGAGGAGGAUCCUGACAAGAGCGGCGAGAGUGAUGGUGCUUUUUCGGAGGAGGAUGCUUGA